AGGGACGUGAGGUAAUCUGUACAGAUACAGAACCCAGUAUUCGGAGAGACACCGCAAAAGGCGCAUGCAUUGGGAAAAGUCAGCAGAAUGAUUGACGCCCCACCAACAUCUCAGCCCCAGUCUGGCGCGGUGAAGCGAAGUCACUGGGACCAGUACCGGCCAUUCCUGUUGGGCCUCGUGUGUUCCUCCUUCCUUUCCACACUGCUGGGGCUAGGGCUUUAUUUACGUCACAGCUCGUCAAACACGCUGAUCCCUCCAGAAACAGCGCAAGCCCCACUUCCUUGCCUCACCCCAGCCUGCCUGAAGGCCGCAGCACAGCUGUCUGCUGCAGUUGAUCCCUUUGCCCAGCCCUGUGAUUACUUUCUGGCCAGCUGUGGGGCAGGGGGGCAAACAGUAGCCAGCAGGGGGAGACAGAGAGGCAAGGAAAUUACUCAAGGAAAGAGAGAGGAAGAGGAGGGAGCAGGUGAAACCGAAGGGGGAGGGAAAAUACCAAAUUUGGACAGAGCGACACAAACAAAUCAAGAUGAUCCUCGAGACACGUCCUCCAGCUUAUCAGACAGGCAGACAGCACUGCUGCACAUAAUAAAGGAGAUCUUAGAAUCCGAGGCCAGGCCUGGCUCACUAAAUUCAGCCGAGCAGAAAGUGCGCACCUUUUUCCAGUCCUGUAUGAACACCAGGAGAAUAGAACAGCUCGGGUCAGAACCGGUCCUGAAGCUCAUAGAAAAGCUGGGGGGCUGGGCAGUGUCUGGAAAGUGGAAUCACGGCGACUUUAACGUCACUCUCUCUCUCCUGAUGAAAGAAUACUCCACUUUCCCAUUCUUCAGUGUGUAUGUGGGAAGGGACCCCAAUGACAGUGACUCUACUAGCCACAGAAAGUACAUACAGAUAGAUCAACCAGAGUUUCAGAUCCCUGUGGAAUGGGACAACAAGGAGAAAAAAUCUAAAGUGACACCUCAGACCAUGCGUCACUUCCUCUCCCCUCACCUCCAGCUGCUGGGUCGUCUGGGUGCGCCCUCGAGCAGCACUAAUCUGCACACGGGCCUGUUCCUGCAGCUGUCCUCUCAGCUGGCGCUGGCUGCCUCCCCCCUGUCCCACCGCCUCCAGCACCAGCUGCUGUACCAGCGCAUGACCGUGAGGGAGCUGCAGGCCGUCGCCCCUGCCAUUGAUUGGCUCAGAUGUCUGCGGGCAACCUUUCACCCACUGCCUGUCAACCAAUCUGAUGUCGUCUUCCUCCACAACCUGCCUUACAUCAUAAACAUGUCCAGGAUCAUCAGUAAAUGGCAGCGCAAUCAGGAAAUGAGUGGCAGUGGCUCACUCCACACUUUCAUGAUCCUCAGCCUCCUACACAAGGUCAUACCUGCAUUAGACUCCAAGUUCACUGAAAUACAAAGAAAUUUAUCAGUGGCGCUCGGAGAUACACAGGAAGUAAUCCCCCGCUGGAAGAAAUGUGUUUUAGAGGCAGAGAAAGGAUUUGACACGGUGCUUGUUCCCAUGAUGAGAGAGAGGGUGGGAGAACAAGAGGCGGAAGAGCUGAUGCAAAACAUAUAUUCCUCAUUCAAAUCCAGAUUAGCCAGCCUCAGAUGGAGAGAUGAGGAAUCACACACUGCUGUUGUGAAUAAGAUUAGGACUCUUACUCCAAGACUGUUGAGUAACAGAGAAAUUCUGAACCGAACAAAAGCUGAACAACAAUAUUCAGAGGUGCCAGUCAGUGAAGAUGACUAUUUCUCCAACUACCUGCAGUUUCUCUCCCUUCAACGGAGGAGACGAAACAAACUUUUUUCAUCGACGACAGCACCUGAUAUCUUGUCAUUCACUCCAUCUCUUUCCGGUGAGGAGGUUCACUUUCCUUUGGGGAUGUUCGUCACACCUUUCUUUCAUCCCUCCUACCCCAGGGCUGUCAACUAUGGCAUAUUGGGGACAAUGAUGGCCAAGGAAAUUCUACACCUCCUUCUACCAGACAUCCAGUCCCAGAGUGAGACCCCACAGACAGUGGGUGAGUGUGUGUGGGCCCACUACCUCCGUCUGACCGAGAGCUCACACAGAGCUGACCCUCCCCGUCUCACCCCUGCUCAGCAGCAAGAAAUAUGGAUACAGUACAGCGCCCUCCAGAUUGCCCUGCAGGCCUACAAUCAGAGUUUACUCAUGUACCACGAUGACACCUCUCUCUCUGGACUCUCUUACACCCCCUUGUUCUUCACCUCCUUCACACAGAUUAAUUGCAGCCCUGAUCCAUCCAAUGACCUCUUGCCCUUUGAGCCCUUAUUCCUGGUAACUGUCGUCUGUAUGAACUCUGACUUUUGCCCAAAGCCGACAACUUGCUCCCACAGUACCCGCCAAGACCUGUCACAAACGUGCUGAUGAUGAACUAAUAAACAAUGUCUCCUGUGUAUAUUUUAUAAUUAUGCCUGAAAAGGUUUUCACUGUUUGCAUACCUGUAACAGCAGGUGUCUAAGGACAGUACUGAUACAUCAAUAUUCACAUUAUUCUAUCCAUAUCUGAGUGCAGUAUUCAUGAACAAAUGUGUUGACAGACAGUGUAUCCAU